GAAUCGUCGGCAACGUCAUCGAGGAAAGAGACUUGUCUUAUUUAUUUAUUUAAUUUAAAAAUAAAGGAAAUUGCGUCAGUUCUUCGUCGCCUCAUUCUGUCGUCUGCAGGGGGCGAGUAUUACCGAGCGCGUCACGGAAAUUACCGAGGCUGCCGCCAUAUUUAUCGCCGGGGACAGCGAUCAAGAGAAGGCGGCAUCUUGGGUCGCUGAGGCCGGAGCCUUUCUUUCUCUUCCCCCGCCCUGGCCCGCUGUGGAGGUAACGGCAGGAAGGUCGGGACGUGGCGGACUGUAGCCUUGGCAGUAUUUUCUUCCCUUCCUCCGAGAUAAGAAAAGGCAUGUAGAGCUCUCCUGUGGGGCGGAGACGGGCUCCCUGCGGUUUACCUGUGUCAUGCCCUUGACUGGGGUCGGCGGACUCACUCCCGCUCAGCCUUUGCGGCCGGGCUGCGGGAUUGGAAGCGGCGUUCUAGUCGCCCUGCUAACCGUAGCUGUCCCCUUUACCCGCUUCCUCCCCACCCCGUGAUAAUAAAAGACCAUGUUCCCCCUUCCCCCCGCUUCUUUCUGAUUGAAAACAGCCAAACAACGGAGUCUCGUGGGCCCCUUCAUAGCAGGCAGGUGGCCUCGGCUUCCGUGGAUGAGAGCGCGCUCCCUCACGGGCACGGAGUGUCACUCUUUAACCGGCAGAGGGUUAGGCACAUCGACUGUGUAGGGGACCAGAAGAAGCCCACGUAAUGGGAAGAGGUCUGCAGGGGCCAAACAUCUGAGGAGAACAGCGGCCGAUUCGCAGUAGCGGUGCACCAUGUUGCGACUUUCUGCUGUCCAGAAGGCCUUAACUGGUGUCACUCAGGCUACUAAGGGAUGUGUGCACACAACAGCUACAUCAGCCAGCAACCUGAUAGAGGUUUUUGUUGAUGGGCAUCCCGUGUUGGUACCUCCAGGAACCACAGUACUUCAGGCUUGUGAAAAGGUUGGAAUGCAGAUCCCUCGCUUUUGUUAUCAUGACAGAUUGUCAGUGGCUGGCAAUUGUAGGAUGUGUCUUGUGGAGAUAGAGAAAGCCCCCAAGCCAGUAGCUGCUUGUGCCAUGCCAGUAAUGAAGGGUUGGAACAUUCUGACAAAUUCUGAGAAGUCCAGGAAAGCAAGAGAAGGCGUAAUGGAGUUCUUGUUGGCAAACCAUCCACUUGACUGCCCUAUCUGUGAUCAGGGAGGGGAGUGUGACCUUCAGGACCAGUCAAUGAUGUUUGGCAGUGAUAGGAGCAGAUUCCUGGAAGGCAAACGAGCAGUUGAAGACAAGAACAUUGGCCCACUAGUGAAAACUAUAAUGACCCGAUGCAUACAAUGCACUCGAUGCAUUAGGUUUGCAAGUGAGAUUGCAGGAGUUGAUGAUCUAGGAACCACAGGAAGAGGAAAUGAGAUGCAAGUUGGCACGUAUAUUGAAAAAAUGUUCAUGUCUGAGUUAUCUGGCAAUGUGAUUGACAUCUGCCCUGUAGGUGCCCUUACCUCCAAGCCAUAUGCUUUUACUGCUCGACCCUGGGAGACAAGGAAGACUGAAUCCAUUGAUGUUCUUGAUGCAGUAGGGAGUAACAUUGUGCUAAGCACUCGAACUGGAGAAGUGAUGAGGAUUUUGCCAAGACUACAUGAAGAUAUCAAUGAGGAAUGGAUAUCUGAUAAAACAAGAUUUGCUUAUGAUGGUUUGAAACGUCAGCGUCUCAUUCAGCCAAUGUUAAAAAAUGAAGAAGGGCUGUUCGCUUACAUAUCUUGGGAAGAUGCCUUGACCUGUGUGGCAGGAGCGCUGCAAAGCAGCCAAGGUAAUGAUAUAGCUGCAAUUGCAGGAGGACUGGUGGAUGCAGAAGCACUAGUAUCUCUUAAAGACUUGCUGAAUAGAGUAAACUCUGACAACUUGUGUACUGAAGAAGUUUUUCCUACUGCAGGAGCUGGGACAGACCUGCGAUCUAACUACUUACUUAAUACCAAGAUUGCAGGAGUGGAAGAGGCAGAUGUCUUGCUCCUGGUUGGCACCAAUCCACGCUUUGAGGCACCUCUCUUCAAUGCCAGAAUCCGAAAAAGCUGGCUACACAAUGAACUCAAAGUGGCUCUGGUGGGGAGCCAAGUUGACUUGACUUACACGUAUGAUCAUCUGGGAGAUUCCCCACAGAUACUCCUGGAUAUUGCUUCAGAAAAACACCCUUUCAGCCAGGUUCUGAACCAGGCUAAAAAGCCAGUGGUAGUGGUUGGCAGUGCAGCACUUCAACGUGGUGAUGGAGCAGCCAUUCAUUCAGCCAUUUCUACCAUUGCACAAAAUGCUAGAACAAAAAGUGGAGUUGAUGCCAACUGGAAAGUCAUGAACAUUCUUCAUAGAUUUGCAAGCCAAGUAGCUGCCCUUGACCUAGGUUACAAACCAGGAGUGGAUGUGAUCCGAAAGAACCCACCCAAAGUGUUGUACCUCUUAGGGGCUGAUGCGGGCUGUGUUACCCGGCAGGAUUUGCCUAAGAAUUGCUUUAUAAUUUAUCAGGGGCACCACGGUGAUGUAGGAGCUUCUAUGGCUGAUAUUAUUCUUCCAGGAGCAGCUUAUACAGAAAAGGCUGCAACCUAUGUGAACACUGAAGGUAGAGCUCAACAGACCAGAGUAGCUGUAACACCACCUGGCAUGGCAAGAGAGGACUGGAGAAUAAUUAGAGCCGUCUCUGAGCUAGCUGGCAUGACUCUCCCUUACGACGGCCUCGAUCAAGUGAGGAGCAGAUUAGAAGAAGUGUCUCCUAACUUGGUCAGAUAUGAUGAUGUGGAAGAAGCAAACUACUUUAGCCAAGCAAAUGAGCUGUCCAAGGCAGUGAAUCAGAAACUUCUUGGUGAUCCUCUUGUUCCACCCCAGCUCACAGUUAAAGACUUCUAUAUGACAGAUCCUAUUAGCAGAGCAUCACAGACAAUGGCUAAAUGUGUGAAAGCCAUUACAGAAGGUGCCAAGGCCAUUGAAGAACCCUCCAUCUGCUGAGGAAUGAAAUCCUACACCUACCAGAGUCAAUUAGGCAUUGUUAUGACUGACUGUUUUUCAGAAUAUUAUUUUGUGGUGGUCUGUAUAGGUUUCCACUUUAUGAAUGCAAGUGAAAACUCAUUUAAGACUUGCUGUCAGUGUUCAUUUGGUAAUUAUGUUCAGCACACCUUAAAUGUAUGUAGACAGACAUAUUACGUAUGCUGAUUAUGUACAAAUAUGUAAAAUUAAAAGUUUUACAUAUGUAAGA